UCACAAAACAACUUCUUUUUAAAAAAAAUAAUAUGUAUUUAUGACAGCGGGUGAACAGCGUGAUGCUGCAGAGUACUUGGAGAAAGUUUUAAGAAUGACCAGUCCCAAAGCAUCAAAGAUCUUUCACGGUCAGUUAGCAAACAAGACCACCUGUUCUAAAGGACAUAUAGAGACUGACAGAGAUGCACCUUUUUGGAAUCUUCCUCUUUCACUGGUGGAUUCCUGCAGUGAAGACUACACUGUGUGUAUUUUUCAGGUGAAGGGCAUUGAAGAGUUUUUUAAAUCUUCAGAUUUCUGUGGAGAAAAUCAGCUGUACUGUGAGAAGUGUGAUGACAAAGUUGAUACUACUAUGACAGAUUUAAUAGAGCAUCAUCCAGAUGUUUUGUGGCUGCUGCUGAAGAGGUUUGACUUCAGCAAUAAAUGCAUGUCAUAUGUCAAAAUCAACUGUCCUGUGGAGGUUUCCUACACCCUGAAGAUACCAGAGAGUCAGACAUAUGAACUGUACGCAGUUGUGGAUCAUUUUGGGGAUCUGAGAAGUGGGCAUUACACCACAACAAUCAAGAUCCAGGAGGAAGACGGAGACAGAUGGUAUCAGUUCGAUGAUACCAGAGUAACUGAGCUUGAUUAUCAGCCAUUCCAGCAGGAUAAACCUGAGAAGUAA